AAAACAAAAGAAAAAAAAAACAAAAAGAAAGGAAGAAACCUCUCUUUUUCUCCCCCUUCCUUUUUUUUUUUUUUUUAAUUCUUGAUUUUGUUUGUAGCCACCUCGUCCUCAAUGCCUCUCUGAGCAGCAUCUAGCGAGCGAGCGGGAGAAGGCGAGACAGAGAGGCAAAAGAGAAGAUGAGGAUAAUUUGCAGACAGCUUGUCUUGUUGUUUUCUGGCUUUUGGGGACUAGCAAUGGGAGCUUUUCCUAGCAGUGUGCAAAUAGGUGGUCUCUUCAUCAGGAACACAGAUCAGGAAUAUACUGCUUUUCGAUUAGCAAUUUUUCUUCAUAACACCAGCCCCAAUGCAUCUGAAGCACCUUUUAAUUUGGUUCCUCAUGUAGACAACAUUGAAACAGCUAACAGCUUCGCUGUAACAAAUGCCUUUUGCUCCCAGUAUUCUAGAGGAGUUUUUGCCAUUUUUGGGCUAUAUGAUAAGAGAUCAGUACAUACCUUGACCUCAUUCUGCAGCGCCUUGCACAUCUCCCUCAUCACGCCGAGUUUCCCCACGGAGGGUGAGAGUCAGUUUGUGCUGCAGCUGCGGCCAUCUCUGCGGGGAGCCCUCCUGAGCUUGCUGGAUCAUUAUGAAUGGAACCGCUUUGUCUUCCUGUAUGACACAGAUCGAGGUUAUUCAAUACUUCAAGCUAUUAUGGAAAAAGCGGGACAAAAUAGCUGGCAAGUGAGUGCCAUCUGUGUGGAGAAUUUUAAUGAUGCCAGCUACAGGCGGCUUUUAGAAGAUCUGGACCGAAGGCAAGAAAAGAAAUUUGUAAUAGACUGUGAAAUAGAGAGGCUUCAGAAUCUCUUAGAACAGAUUGUGAGCGUGGGAAAGCAUGUUAAAGGAUACCAUUAUAUUGUUGCCAACCUGGGAUUCAAAGAUAUUUCUCUGGAGAGAUUUAUGCAUGGAGGAGCCAAUGUGACUGGAUUUCAGCUAGUAGAUUUCAGUACCCCGAUGGUAACUAAGCUGAUGCAACGCUGGAAGAAGCUGGACCAGAGAGAAUACCCAGGAUCUGAGACCCCACCAAAGUAUACAUCGGCAUUAACAUACGAUGGAGUACUUGUGAUGGCUGAAACUUUCCGUAAUCUUAGAAGACAGAAAAUUGAUAUUUCAAGGAGAGGAAAUGCUGGUGAUUGUCUUGCUAACCCUGCAGCCCCAUGGGGUCAAGGAAUUGAUAUGGAGAGGACAUUAAAACAGGUUCGAAUACAAGGAUUGACAGGGAACGUUCAGUUUGACCACUAUGGUCGCAGAGUCAACUACACCAUGGAUGUCUUUGAGCUGAAGAACACAGGCCCUCGGAAGGUUGGUUACUGGAACGACAUGGAUAAAUUAGUUUUGAUUCAGCAUGAACCUACACUUGGAAAUGACACUUCAGCCAUUGAGAAUAGAACAGUAGUUGUCACUACAAUUUUGCCUCUGAUGAAGAAUCCUAUUUUAAGAAAUUGAUCAAGGAAGAAAAGAGUCCCAAGAUGCUGCGAACAUUCCUAACUAAGGCUCAAGUAUUAACCACCAGUCUAGUAGCAUUGAGCUAAUUUUUCCAUAUGGAUUACUGUUCCUCUGACUGGAUGACCAGGCACUGAACCACCAAGAAAAGUUCUGUGACUAAUCUGAAAUGUCUAGAACAGAUGACGUUAACCUUCAACUUUGCCAAGCUGAGAAGAGAACGAUGUGAAUAACAAGCUUUCAGUCGAAAUUUUCCUCUCAUACCAAUCCUGAUAUCUUUGACUGAAGCUACCAUACAUGAAUACUGUAAUUUCCAUAAGUAGCUCCAAGCUUAGGAGAAGCAAGUAAAAAAUAACAAUGAAAAGUAAUAUGAAAGGUUCCUGUUUACCAGAAAGGAGAAAAAGGAAAACAAGAAAGCUUUUAAAAUGUGUUAUCUUGCCUGUCCUGUUUGCAUUGAAGCAUUUUGAUGUUCAUAAUAAAUGUUAUCUUCAAAAGAACUUUUCCAGUCCCUGUAUUGAAAGGACUGGUGGGAUCAUUUUCAAAACCAAAAAGCUGAAUUAAUAUUCCAAAGCAUGCCCUAUGUUUAUGCAGCAUGUCAUUUUGGGAUAAAUGCAAUUAUUUGAAAGCAGCACUGCUUCUUGACAGAAAGUGUCCCCUUUCAAUGUUUCAAAAUCACAGUGCAAGAGAAAUAUAUCAGAAUUUGGUUUGAAUAAGAAUAUAUGGUGAAUUCUGCCUUAUCAUGCCCAUCUCCCACUGACUGCACUGGGAGCUGCACACAUGAUGCUGAAGGCAGAUUAGAACCAUGAUUCUUAAUAUUGGCCUGCCAGGGCAACGUAUUUAGCAUCCACAAUCAUUUGAUCACACACACAAAGAAAGGAUAUAUUUAACUAGGAUAACUUUCAGAAUCCUCUUAUUUUGCUUUUUUCUGUAUUAUAAUCAUGUUGCAAAUGCCAGACAGAGACCUUUUCACCUCUUCAUUGCCCUCUUCACAUUGAAGGGAAGUUGAACCAUUGUAGAUGACAAAUAUAAUUUUGGUUGCAUGCAUAUUUUCCAACACUAAACUGAAAAGCUUCUGCAACCAGUGCUGUCAGGUUUUUCAGUCUUUGAAGACAGGUGUCGUGGCAGCGUAAGAAAAGUUUACAAGUUUUCAGCAUGGCUCGCUUUAAUUUUUGCCUGAAGCCAAAUAGCACAAGUUGGUUUGCCUGCUCUUUCUUCAGUUUUUAUGCGUCUAUGCUUACUUUGCUGUAAUGUGGCUGUAUGGCUAUUGCAUAGAAGGUGCAUUAUAAUGAAUUAGCUCUGCACUCAAAGAACUUAGUACAGUGUUUUCUACUUGGCAAAAUGUUAUGUUCAUUUGUAACGUAGUGAGAGCACAUAGAAUUUAUUUUACAGUUUUGGUUUAGUGCAUAGGCACUCAACCUAUCUCCAAUUAGUCAUGUGGUGAAGGAGCAGCCCAGACAGAGGUGGCAGCAGGGGCAGCUGAUGUGCUUUACCAGCUGCUGUGCAGCCCUGCUUUUUAUAGUUCCUGGGAGAGACCUGUCCCCUGCACCUCAUGUGAUGCACAGCCUCCUGCACAUCUGGCCCUCUGGAAAGGACAGAUUUUCUACCUGUGUGCAGAAGCAUUCCCUCCAGGGGAGGCUUGGGACCUCCAAGUGCACAGUAGGCUCAUUGUAUGACUGGAGAAGGGAUGCCAUGUGCAGCCCUCCUCUAACACUAAGGUAAAGCGAGUGACUUACCCAGCUAGGAAGAAUGAUCAUCUCUGAUUUAGCAAGUUGAGAAUAUAGGGGAGUAGGCUGGGAAGACUACUUCAAAGUCUCUAAUCCAUUUCAUGAUACAGCCAACUUUGUACCUACUGUGAGACUGCAAACUUUAAAAUCACAAAAAUCCUUUAGAAACAAAGGUUGAUGUACAUAAGCUGCAUCUGCAUUGUGGCUUCCAGCUCAAUAUUUUAAGGAGAUAGUCUUGGUGUUGGCAGAUAAAGCUUUAAGGGCAGGAUCCAGUUCAUGACUGAGCCACUAAAUGUACAUGACUUUACAAAGGAUAUUGAUUCAGUUGCCUGCUUAUAAGCACUCAGUGACAUUUAAGAUGCUCUAGGAUAUACUGCCUACCCCCCAUUUCUUACACUGGCAGGAUGACACUUGCCUGUCUCAUGCAGUAUAUGACCACUCCAUCUGGAUGUCUCAGCUAGCGUAUGUUGUUUCAGGCAUGUGGGAUAGGUUGUACCUCAAGUAUGUAAGUUUUCAUCAAAGUCCGCAAAGAUUUAGAAAUUGAUUCAAUGGCCCAUAGGUGGAUGCCUAACACUGAGGAUAUCAGACCUAUCCAUAAAGGGUCAGCACAAAGGACCUGCAGAAUGGCACUUGGAGGUCAAGCAGGUUACCGUAGGGCAUAUCAGAUGAUAGAUAACCUUCAUUAGGUGACUGAGAACCACCCUCAUUGUUUUGACUGAUAUACUCUUCAUGAAGUCUUACCUCAAAAAUUCUAACUGUAACCUUCUUUCUCAUAAUAGAAAAAUAUUUUUUCAUUAGAAACUUUAUUAAUUAAAUUGUUUAGUAAACUGGAGAAAAAAUUGAAGUUUGUUGCAUGACAAUAAUAAAGAUUUCAAACCGAAUCCUGGACACUUUAUUCAGAAAAAAACCCCAAAACCCAAAACGCAAAAAACCUUCCAUUGACAUUUACAGAAGUUUCUUUCAGAAUAAAGUGUGAUAGUAUGUGCCACUCCUGUUCUAAAAAUGAGACAUUUCCUUGCACAAAUAUUUGUCACUUUUACAAAUAAUUUUUACAAUGUUUAAAGAUUCCAAAAUGAACUUUAGAAUAGGAAAGCCAAACAUAGAUCUGUUUGGUAUUUGCAUUAGUUACUUUCUCAAGCUUUCCUUAUAGUAUGAAUCAUGAGUUGUGAGCAUUUUACUGUACACAUGAAUUUGUGGCAAUGUGGUGGAAUGAUUUGUUUACAUCUAUAAAGGUAAUUGUUCCAGACAUCAACUUGUAUUUACAAAUGUUAAGUAUUGUUAUAAAAUUGUGAAUUAUAUAAGUAAAGCUUGCACCAUUUCAAAUA